UGAGUUCAGUGUGUGCAGAAAAGGCAAGCCUCCACAGCCAUUCACACACUUCCCUCCUCAGCGAUGGGUACGCAGACAGCCAAGCUUCUGGACUAAAUCUCUGAAUGUGUAUCUGACACCUCUCUUUGCUGAGCUCCAGAGGCCCAGUGACCUCCUGGUAAUCAACCUCGGCAGGGCCCAAAUACCUACCUCCUGGAAAACUCACAUAGCCUAACAUCUGCUGGUGAGGAACUUUCAGAAAGACCUCACAGUUGUCCACCCAAUCUCGUUUGGCAGCAAACUGCCAAACCAAGCCCAUUUCCUCAAAAGAUGGUAGAGGACUUAGCAGCCUCCUAUAUUGCUCUGAAAUUGGAGAAUGAAAUUCUGCAGGCCCAAGUGCAGCAGCUUAUGGAAGAAAAUGCUGCCCUGCAGGCCCAGAUCCCACAGCUCCAGAAGCCCCAAGCAGCCAAGGAGGAUGAACCACUCCAGAAGCCCUCAGAGGCCCAGGAGCCCCAGAAACCCCCAGAGCCCCUGGAUCCCCCAGCAGCCUUGGAGCCCCAAGAACUCCCAGAGAUCAAGGAGCCCCAGAAGCCCAGAAAGCCCCAGGAGCUCCUAGCCUGGGAGACCCCAGCAGCCCAGAAGCCCCAAGAGACCCCAGUGGCCCAGGAUAACCAAAAGCCCUCAGAGCUCCCAGCAGUCCCAGAAUCUCUGGGGCCCCCAGCAACCCAGGUACCCCAGGCAUCUCCAAUGGUCCAUGAGCUCUCAGCAGCCUGGGAGUCCCCAAAGCCCCCAGAAAUCAAGGAGGCCCAGGUGCCCCCAGAUACCCAGGACCCCCAGAAUUCAGAGCCCCAGGAUCCCUCAAAUGCCCUGGAGCCCCAUGAGGCACCAGAAUGCCAGGAGAGCUCAAUAUACCUGGAGCCCCUUGAGCUUCUGGCUCCCCAGGAGCCUCUGGAGUUUCGAGCGCCCCAGGAACCCCUGGAGGGCCUACUAGCUACUGAGACAUCAGCAACUCCAGAGUUCCCACAGUCCCCCAGGGGGUUAGAGGCCGAAGCUUUCCCUCUAGAAUACCCUUUAGCCUUCAGUGGGGAUGCCCAGAAGCUUCCUGAGUUCCUGGUUCAAUUGAAUAGUUAUAUGAGAGUCAGAGGGCACCUGUAUCCCACCGAAGCAGCCCUUGUGAGCUUUGUUGGCAACCGCUUCUCAGGUGAGGCAGGAAGGUGGUUCCAGCCAUUAGUAGAUAUCCAAAGCCCCCUGCUGGAGCAAUUUGAAAGUUUCAUACAAGUGCUCCAGGAUACUUUUGAUAAUCCAGAAAACAUGCAAGAUGCCAACCACUGCAUCCGUCAGCUCUGCCAAGGGGAGGACCCUGUCCAUCAGUAUGCGACCCACUUCCACCUCAUUGCUCAAGAGCUAAACUGGGAUGAAAGCACUCUCUGCAUCCAAUUUCAGGAAGGGCUUGCCAGUGCUAUCCGAGAGGAACUGUCUCGCACAAGCCCAGCCACCAAUCUAUCUGGUCUGAUCACCCAGUGCAUCAGCCUAAAAGAGAAGCUAACAGGUAAGCCUGAUCCAAAUCCACAAGGGGCAAGUUCCUCUGAGGAGAGAGCUGGGCCUGAGAGUCCACCAGCUGAAAAUCAACCUGUGCAGGCUGCAAGCAAUCGCCCACACCUCAGUGAAGCUGAACGGGCCCGCCGCCGUGAAGGCCACUUGUGCCUCUACUGCGGUCAUCCUGGUCAUUUUGCCAGAGAUUGCCCUGUCAAACCUCAUCGUGCCCAGCAGGCGGGAAACAUCGAGGCCCGGCGGUAAGGGGGAACCCGAGCGGGCCAAUCUACAAAUAUGCAUCCCCCUCACUUCCAAUAUCCAUGUCCCGUACACUAUGGCUUACUGUUGAAAU